AGUGACCGCAGCAGAAGCUCAGUGAGUUCAGAUCGUUCAGCAGCAGCUCUGGAAUCUCCUCUCCUAACACACAAACACUCGUUUCUCUGGGAUCACACGGAUAUAUCCGAUGGAGGGUUGAAAUCAUUCUGAUCUGAUGAUGAAAUCUGCUAAUAAAAAGUGCAGAAUUAUGCUUUGGGAUGAUGGAUAAUCAACAUAGAAGAACUGUUAAUAUGGCCUCCAGUGAACCUGAUAAUUAUCAGUCUAACGAGGAACCCCAGCCUGGUGACCUCAUCGAGAUCUUCAGACCAGCCUAUCAGCACUGGGCUCUUUACCUGGGAGACGGUUACAUCAUCAACCUCACUCCUGUCGAUGAGAGUCAAGCCGCUGCCAUGUCGAGUGUGAAGUCAGUGUUCAGUCGUAAGGCCGUGGUCCGCAUGCAGCUCCUGAAGGAGGUUGUGGGAGCAGAUUCAUACAGGAUCAACAAUAAAUAUGAUGACCAUCACACGCCGCUGCCCGUCUCGGAGAUCAUCCAGCGAGCUCAGCUCCUCAUUGGACAGGAGGUGUCAUAUGACCUGCUGGGCAGCAACUGUGAACACUUCGUCACUCUUCUUCGCUACGGCGAGGGAGUGUCUGAACAGGCGUCACGGGCGAUUGGCGCCAUCAGUUUGGUGACGGCAGCGGCCAGUGCGUUCUCAGUGCUGGGAAUCAUCAACACACGCUCCAGAAACAGACCGUUCUAGAUCUGAUGAAGCCCAGACCACGUUAUAUGGAGUGAUCUGAAUUAUGAUUGAAAGACCUCUGA